UCGAGAUCUGAAACAACAUUGUACCGAGUGUCUCAGUUGACCACAACACCUUCGCACGUGUUCUAAGCCGGGGGCAAUCCUCAUUGACUUUUCAACUGCUCAUCCACUGCUUUCGAGCUCGUUGUAUCUUAUUCCUGUCGGUCAGAGAAACGAUGUCUCACUCGGCAGGCUCAAUCCAUCCCCUUGACCCCGAUCACAACUCGUGCAUCGGUGGACAGACAGUGAAGACCUGCCGUAGCUGCGCAGGGAAUGCACCACGAGGUUCAAUCUGCAACAGCUGCAGUGGCCAUGGGUUCGUUCUAUACGUCUGCACUCAUUGUAACCCAGCAGCUGCUGUGUCCGCAGCUCGAAGCGCUACCGGCGCCACUGCAGUGUCGAUGUCCACCCCGGGGUCAUCAACUCCUGCCAGCCCAGCGUCCCUGAGCCGAAGCUCCUCUACCUCCCUAUCAUCGCAAAACGAUGCUAGGCAGAUCAGAUCCUGGAGGCGCUUCGGAGAUGGAGAUGACGGACCAGGAGGAGGGAGGAUCGAAACCAAAGCAAAUACGCCCCGUGGCCUAUGAUCAAACUACCGAAAGAAAAAGAAUCCUGAAAUUUUGGGGUGCUGGCUGCCCUUUUUGUCUUCGCCUCUUUUUGUGCGCUGAGAUCUUCAUGUUGAACCUGGUUCUUUCGCCAUUUUUUGGGGCUUAUUUUCAUUAGCUUUUCCCAUUUG